AUGGAUCUGGAUGAUCCUGAUCGGAACUCAGAUUCCUCAGACACGUCUCAGCAGCAGCCUGAUCCGGACGAGGGCAGUGCUGGGGAUACAGCCAGCUGGUACUAUGAUUUAGACGAUACGGCAGAUGAUGAUGAUCCGGACUACAGGGAUGAACCUGACGAAGACGAGGACGAAGAUGAUGAUUUUCAAGAUGCAUUGCCUGGUGAUGUAGAGUUUGAACUUAUUAUUGGCGGCGGCGGCGACAACGAUGGAGAGGAAGAGGAGGAAGAGGAGGAAGAGGAGGAAGAGGAGGAAGAGGAGGAAGAGGAGGAAGAGGAGGAAGAGGAGGAAGAGGAGGAAGAGGAGGAAGAGGAGGAAGAGGAGGACGGCGACGACGACGACGACGACGACGACGACGCGAAUGAUGCAGUUCGACACAUCAUGGAUCUCUUUAGAGGUGGAGGAUCGGGAUUGCUUACGAGAACUCAACUUAUGGCCCUCUUGCGUAAUCGUGACCUCACCAAUGUCCUCUUCAGUGACAACGCCGAGGACGAAGGCAUCCUAAGUCACUGGGGAAUCCGCAGACGACGUCAGCCCAAGGAUCCUAAUCGGUUUCCAAAAGUACCCAGUGAAGAAGGACUCCAACUCAUGCGUGCUGGUGCUUUUGGUACAAACGACUACAAGCUCCGCAUGCGAAAGCACAUUGCUAGGCGUAUGUUGGAGCGAGAGCUUGGCGUUGGAGACGACGAAGAAAGACGACGAAAUGGCGACUUGAUUACUCAGGCAAUGAUACCGGGGACGAGGGCUGAACAGAUCAUUCACUACGACGACCCAGUCUAUUCUGGGCAGUUCUCCGAUGAUGGCAACUUCUUCUAUUCCUGCUGCCAGGACUUCAAGGUUCGCAUGUAUGACACGUCAAACCCAUACAACUGGAAACAUUACAAGACAGUUUCGUAUCCAUGGGGCCAAUGGACUUUGACCGAUGCAUCGCUGAGCCCGGACAACCGCUGGCUGGCAUACACAUCCAUCCAGAGCAUGGUGUCAAUCGCCCCAACCGACCCCAAUGACACUGGAGACCCCUACACUCUGGAAUUGGACGAUGGCCGUGGCAGACCGACCCAAUGGGGUUGGAGAAAUCGCGGAGGGUUCGGUAUUUGGUCUAUUCGAUUUUCAGGCGACGGACGAGAGCUCGUCGCGGGCACGAGCUCGAACUCGCUCGUGGUAUAUGACAUCGAGUCGCGACAAGUCCUACAUCAUGUCGACGGACACGAUGACCACGUGAAUGCUGUUUGCUUUGCGGACAAGUCUUCACCACACAUCCUGUACUCUGGCUCUGACGACGCCACGAUUAAGGUGUGGGAUCGGAGAAGUAUGGGAGACGGGCGAGAAGCCGGCGCGUUUGUCGGUCACAUCGAGGGCUUGACGUACAUUGAUAGCAAAGGGGAUGGACGAUAUAUUCUGAGCAACGGAAAGGAUCAGAGCAUGAAACUGUGGGAUUUGCGAAUGGUCAUGUCUACCAAUCGGUUUCGGGAAAUCGAACCGGCUCAGUACAGCAACACGAGUGGUUUCGAUUAUCGGAGAGAGUCAUACGAUGACGAGGAUUGGGACGUACAUCCUCACGACAACUCUGUUGUAACUUUCAGGGGUCACCAAGUCUUGCGAACCUUGAUUAGAUGCCACUUCUCACCGCCUUCUGCGACCAACUCUCGGUACGUGUACUCUGGUAGCGCCGAUGGGAAAGUAUACAUUUGGAACAUGGACGCGACUCUGGCGGGCAAGAUCGAUGUAAAGAAGGCGACAAUGGGGACGCGUCGAGUGGACCGCCACACACGACUGUAUUUCGAAGAACCCACUGGUUGGGGUACGUGUGUGCGUGACGCAAGUUGGCAUCCGAGUGCUCCAGUGAUGGUCGGUAAGUGGUUCUUGCUUCUCCGAAGCUAG